GAGUGCAGUGUGUGAGGGUGGACAAGGCGUUCAAGGCAGGACUUGUUCUAUUAAUCACACAAAAACUGUUCAUUUAACUAAAAUAAUCAACUCUCAACGUGCAAUCAGUUGACGUUAACUCAACGCAAAGGUGUGUAGUUGGAAAGGAUAGUUACAAGUUCAAAAAAAAGACUCUUGUUAACGAGGUCAAAUUUGUGUUGCUAGCGAACACCUUGCUAAAAUCAACGAAACCACUGUAUUUAUUAUCAAGUGCUUCUCACAAGUAAAAGCUUCUCUCAUUAAUAAGUAACUACUAGUUUUCAACUCAAUAUAAAAAAGUGAACUAUAAUUGUGGGGUUCCCACUUCUAGCACCCUUUUCCUUGUGGUGAACUGCAAGGUAACGUUUUAGGCCCAUUGUGUUUCUCACUAGACACAUACUAGGUCCAGUGUAAGUUCCACAAGGGGACCUGAUCGGGUUUGAACUCCUAGAGUUCCUGUAGUUUUUCCCUCAGCAAGGUUCCUUUCAAGCCUCAUUUUGCUACAAAUUUGUUCGCCGUAACUUUUGCAAAGUAGUUUAGUUGUACACGCCAAUCAUAGUGCCGUCCUUCGGUUUAGUUUUUUGUUGGUAAUUAGCUUUUGUAACCGUCCGCGUUCGUGGUGGUGUUAGUUGCUAGGCACUACCAAGGAAGCAACCAAGGAAGCGGAAGCAACCAAGACGCGUUGUACACCAAGGAGCAACGGAGCAAUUCAAUACUUGUGAGCUGUCACAUUUCGGCCAAAAACCAGAUCACAUCCCUCCCCACAAACGGAAAAAAUGCCACAUAACUCUUAUGGAUAGCUGAGGAUCUUCACGCACAAUAAGUGCGGCACUCGCAAUGGGAAUAGCAGCUGUGCUAGCCCUUGGCAGCCGUGUGUUGUGCACAUUCCCUGCACAGGUUCCCUGCACCGUUGCCCUGGGAGGAGUGGGGGUAGGCUGCUCUGGCUUAGGAGGGGAGGAGAGUUGUUGGUGGCGGGCAGAAGGGUGGCCGAGCCGAACAGCGGGUCGGACUGCUUUCGGAGACAGAGAGAGCGUAUCAGCCGCACUGUCCAGCUGCUAGCGACCGACUAUCAUGUCAGUCGUGUCGGACUCAUUCUCAGAAGAAGAACGCUCCAUUUUCCAGCCGUUCACACGCGAAUCGCUGCAAGCCAUUGAGGCGCGUAUCGCCGAAGAGCAUGCCAAACAGAAAGAACUGGAGAAGAAAAGAGCUGAGGGCGAGGAUUUUGGGCGGAAGAAAAAGAAAAAAGAAGUUCGGUAUGAGGACGAGGACGAAGAUGAAGGGCCGCAACCGGAUCCGACCCUAGAGCAGGGCGUGCCCAUCCCGGUGCGACUGCAGGGCUCCUUUCCGCCGGAGCUGUCCUCCACGCCACUCGAGGAUAUCGACGCCUUCUAUCACAACCAGAGGACGUUCGUGGUGGUUAGCAAAGGCAAGGACAUAUUUAGGUUCAGCGCAACAGACGCGAUGUGGAUUCUGGACCCGUUCAACCCGAUUCGUCGCGUCGCCAUCUACAUCCUCGUGCAUCCGCUCUUCUCCAUCUUCAUCAUCUGCACCAUUCUGUUCAACUGCAUCCUCAUGAUCAUGCCCACUACACCCACUGUCGAGUCCACCGAAGUGAUUUUCACGGGUAUCUACACGUUCGAGUCGGCCGUGAAGGUGAUGGCCAGAGGCUUCAUACUUCAGCCUUUCACGUACCUUAGAGACGCAUGGAACUGGCUUGACUUCGUAGUUAUUGCCCUCGCCUAUGUAACAAUGGGUAUAGAUUUGGGGAAUCUGGCCGCCUUGAGAACUUUCCGAGUGUUGAGAGCCUUAAAGACCGUCGCCAUUGUGCCUGGCUUGAAGACAAUCGUGGGCGCCGUGAUAGAGUCAGUGAAGAACCUGCGCGAUGUGAUAAUCCUGACGAUGUUCUCGCUGUCCGUGUUCGCACUGAUGGGUCUACAGAUCUACAUGGGUGUGCUCACACAGAAGUGCAUCAGGAACUUCCCCGAAGAUGGGUCGGCCGGCAACCUCAGCCAUGAGAACUGGCAUCGAUGGAUGAGUAACGACACCAACUGGUUUGGUGAAGACAAUAACUAUCCACUAUGUGGAAAUUCUUCUGGAGCUGGACAAUGUGAGCCGGGAUAUAUGUGCCUACAGGGAUUUGGGAAAAAUCCCAACUAUGGCUACACCAGCUUCGACACUUUCGGCUGGGCUUUCCUCUCAGCUUUUCGUCUCAUGACACAGGACUACUGGGAAAAUCUCUAUCAGCUUGUGCUGAGAUCGGCUGGACCGUGGCACAUGCUGUUCUUUAUAGUGAUUAUAUUUUUAGGCUCGUUCUACCUUGUGAACUUGAUCUUGGCCAUUGUCGCCAUGUCAUACGACGAAUUGCAGAAGAAAGCUGAAGAAGAAGAAGCGGCUGAAGAAGAAGCGUUGAGAGAAGCGGAAGAACAAGCGGCCGCUCGUGAGAAUAAGAGGCAAGCACGAGCCGCGGCGGCUCAAGCAGCGGCGCAGGCAGUCGUUGACGCGGAAAACGCGACUCUAGCCGCGGCGGCCGGAAUCGCGGCGGGCGAAGCCGCGGGUGCGGCUGAUAACGCCGCUGGAGUUGCUAAGUCCACCUCUAGUUUUUCCUGUCACAGCUACGAAUUGUUUGUUGGCCAGGAGCGACAGAAUCACGACGACAACAAUCGCGAAAAGAUGUCACUGCGAUCGACCGACUCGCUCAGCCAAUCACAGCGUCCCGCCACGGGUCCACCUGCCGGCGCCAUUGUUAGGAAAGUUAGCGCGGACAGUCAGACAGAGCCUAGCUUGAGUCUGCCCGGCUCGCCGUUCAACUUGAGGCGUGGCUCGAGGGGUUCACAUCAGUUCACGUUGCGCAAUGGCCGAUCGCGGUUCGUGGCGGCUCCUCCUGGGGGAGACCGAAAACCUCUCGUUCUGUCCACCUACCUUGACGCACAGGAGCAUUUGCCCUACGCGGAUGAUUCGAAUGCUGUGACGCCAAUGAGCGAGGAGAACGGGGCCAUUGUCGUGCCUGUCUACUACGCCAACCUCGGCAGUCGGCACUCUUCCUACACCUCGCAUGCCUCUCGCAUCAGCUACACCUCGCACGCUGACUUACUACAGGUGAUGAGUGGUGGUGGGGGUAAGGGUGGAGCGGGUGGCGGAGGUCCCCCCACCAAGGACCGCAUGCUGCGUUCACGAUCUAGUCGCAACUCCACCUCCACCAUUGUCACACAGCAGCCUCAUGCCAUGGGCACUGCCCAUCACGACAAGCACUACUCCAGGGAAUACGAUCCAUCUGACCUGGAUGAUUCAACAGUAAAAAGUAAACACCAAGAUAAUCCUUUUAUAGAGCCACAACAACAAACAGUAGUUGAUAUGAGAGAUGUAAUGGUGCUGAGUGAUAUCAUAGAUCAAGCUGCUAGGAGACACAGCAGAGCCAGCAAUCGAGGAGUGUCCAUCUACUACUUUCCGACAGAGGACGACGACGAGGGCCCGACGAUGAAGGAGAAGAUGCUGGCUCAGUGUCUGCGCAUGAUCGACAUCUUCUGCGUGUGGGACUGCUGCUGGCUGUGGUUGAAGUUCCAGGAGUAUGUGGCCCUAAUAGUGUUCGAUCCGUUCGUCGAGCUGUUCAUCACGCUCUGCAUUGUGGUCAACACGCUCUUCAUGGCACUCGAUCACCACGACAUGGACAAGAACAUGGAGAAGGCUCUCAAGAGCGGAAACUAUUUUUUCAGCGCGACAUUCGCGAUUGAAGCCAUGCUGAAGUUGAUUGCCAUGAGUCCAAAAUACUAUUUUCAAGAAGGAUGGAACAUCUUUGAUUUCAUCAUUGUUGCACUAUCGUUACUGGAACUCAGUCUGGAGGGUGUUCAGGGAUUGUCAGUGCUCCGUUCGUUCAGAUUGCUGAGAGUGUUCAAACUGGCGAAAUCGUGGCCCACGCUCAACCUGCUGAUUUCGAUCAUGGGUCGGACUGUGGGAGCUCUCGGCAACCUGACCUUUGUGCUCUGCAUCAUCAUAUUCAUCUUCGCCGUCAUGGGCAUGCAACUCUUCGGCAAGAACUAUGUCGACAACGUGGACCGGUUUCCCGAUGGAGACAUGCCGCGAUGGAACUUCACGGACUUCAUGCACUCGUUCAUGAUCGUAUUCCGGGUGCUGUGCGGAGAGUGGAUUGAGUCAAUGUGGGACUGCAUGCAUGUGGGUGACGUAUCCUGCAUUCCCUUCUUCCUAGCCACUGUCGUCAUCGGAAAUCUGGUCGUGCUAAACCUCUUUCUUGCCCUGCUCUUGUCGAACUUUGGUUCGUCAAGUCUCUCGGCGCCAACCGCCGACCAGGAGACGAACAAAAUCGCCGAGGCGUUUGAGCGCAUCGCACGCUUCAACAAGUGGGUGAAGCGCGCAAUGCUCGGACUGGUGAAGGCGGUGCGCGCCAAGCUGACCAAUCAGAUCGCUGAUCAGACACCAGGUGAGCGGCUGGCCGCAAGCUGGACACAAGGAGCUGCUACAGGAAAGGGACGAGAUCGAGACACUGACCUCGAUCUUACAACCGAUGAGAUACUGGCGGACGGGAUGGUCUACAGAGAUAAGAAAGAUCAACUUGAAGUGGCCAUAGGAGAUGGAAUGGAGUUUACGAUACCAUGUGAUUUAAAAAGUAAAAUGAGAGCGAAAGAACGUAAUUGUAUAGGUAACUCGAUAGGUAACCAUCAGGAUAAUAUCCCAUUGGACACAGACUACAUCCAUAAUAGACUGGACCAAGACAAUAUAAGUAACAAAUCGUAUGGCAGUCAUAAACAUCGACCUUUCAAAGUGGAGAGUCAUAAAGGCAGCCUAGAAAGUCUUGAUGGAGAAGAAAAGAAAGAUUCCAGCAAAGAAGACCUCGAGCAUGAGCCUGAUAUCGAAGAAGAAGAUCUAGUACUGGACGGAAAUACGGAGGACGUUCUGUUGCAAGACUACCCGGCCGACUGUUGUCCGGAUGACUGCUACAGACGCUUCCCCUUCCUAGCGGGCGACGAUGAUGCGCCCUUCUGGCAGGGUUGGGGCAAUCUGCGCCUUAAGACCUUCCAGCUCAUCGAGAACAAGUACUUCGAGACUGCCGUCAUCACUAUGAUUCUACUUAGCAGUAUGGCCUUGGCGCUGGAGGACGUCCAUUUACCUUCGAGACCCAUCCUACAAGACAUUUUAUAUUAUAUGGAUCGAAUUUUCACUGUCAUAUUCUUCCUAGAGAUGUUAAUAAAAUGGUUAGCGCUGGGUUUUGCUAAAUACUUCACUAACGCAUGGUGUUGGCUGGAUUUCAUCAUUGUAAUGCUGUCACUGAUAAACCUGUUAGCCGUUUGGAUUGGGGCGUCUUCGUUCCCAGCAUUCAGGGCAAUGCGCACCCUUAGAGCCCUUCGACCUUUGAGGGCCGUCUCUCGAUGGGAAGGGAUGAGAGUCUCGCUUAUAAACUUUGUGGCCUCUCUAUGCGGUGCGGGAGGUAUUCAAGCGUUUAAAACUAUGCGAACGUUGCGAGCCCUAAGACCGCUAAGGGCUAUGUCUAGAAUGCAGGGCAUGAGGGUUGUUGUAAACGCUUUAGUCCAAGCUAUUCCCAGUAUCUUCAAUGUGUUACUCGUCUGUCUGAUAUUUUGGCUCAUAUUUGCCAUUAUGGGCGUACAAUUAUUUGCUGGCAAAUAUUUCAAGUGCGUCGAUACAAAUGGCACCACCCUGAGCCACGAGAUCAUCCCAGACCGCAAUGUUUGUAUAGCCGAAAACUACACGUGGGAAAAUUCUCCUAUGAACUUUGACCACGUGGGCAAGGCCUAUCUCUGCUUGUUUCAAGUUGCAACAUUCAAGGGCUGGAUCCAAAUAAUGAACGAUGCAAUUGACUCAAGGGAGUUGAACAAACAACCAAUCAGGGAGACGAAUAUCUACAUGUACUUAUAUUUUGUAUUUUUUAUUAUAUUCGGCUCAUUCUUCACCCUCAACCUAUUUAUAGGAGUAAUCAUCGAUAAUUUCAACGAGCAAAAGAAGAAGGCGGGUGGCUCACUAGAAAUGUUCAUGACAGAAGAUCAGAAGAAAUAUUACAAUGCGAUGAAAAAGAUGGGCUCCAAAAAACCGUUGAAAGCAAUUCCACGGCCAAGGUGGCGGACGCAAGCGAUCGUGUUCGAGGUGGUAACAGACAAAAAGUUCGACAUGAUAAUCAUGUUGUUCAUAGGUCUAAACAUGUUGACAAUGACCAUGGACCAUUACCAGCAAACCGAGUUCUUCACCAACGUUCUCGACUACUUAAACGCCAUUUUCAUAGUAAUUUUCAGUAGCGAGUGUCUGUUGAAAAUCUUCGCGUUGCGCUAUCACUACUUCAAGGAACCGUGGAACUUGUUCGACUUUGUCGUUGUCAUACUCUCCAUUCUAGGUUUGGUGCUGAGCGACCUGAUCGAAAAGUACUUUGUGUCGCCGACUCUGCUGCGAGUGGUGCGAGUGGCCAAGGUGGGCCGGGUGCUUCGACUCGUCAAGGGUGCCAAGGGCAUUCGCACCUUGCUCUUCGCACUAGCCAUGUCUCUGCCUGCCUUGUUCAACAUCUGCCUCCUGCUCUUCCUUGUCAUGUUCAUCUUCGCCAUCUUUGGCAUGUCGUUCUUCAUGCACGUCAAGGAGAAGGGGGGACUCGAUGACGUCUAUAACUUCAAAACGUUCGGACAGUCCAUGAUAUUGCUCUUUCAGAUGUCGACAUCAGCCGGCUGGGACGGCGUGUUGGACGGCAUCAUAAACGAGGACGACUGUGACCUCCCCAACCCCGAGAUGGGCUCUCCCGGCAACUGCGGCUCCUCCACAGUCGGAAUCACCUUCCUCCUCUCCUACCUGGUUAUCAGCUUCCUCAUCGUCAUCAACAUGUACAUCGCCGUCAUCCUCGAGAACUACUCGCAGGCCACCGAAGACGUACAGGAAGGCCUCACGGAUGACGACUACGACAUGUACUACGAGAUCUGGCAACAGUUCGAUCCUGAUGGCACCCAGUACAUAAGGUACGACCAGCUAUCGGAGUUCCUGGACGUGCUAGAGCCGCCACUACAGAUCCACAAACCAAACAAGUACAAGAUCGUCUCGAUGGACAUCCCCAUCUGCAAGGGCGACCUGAUGUUCUGCGUGGACAUCCUGGAUGCGCUGACCAAGGACUUCUUCGCGCGCAAAGGCAAUCCGAUCGAGGAGACGGCCGAACUGGGAGAGGUGCAACCGGGCAGACCCGACGAGGUCGGAUACGAGCCUGUGUCGUCGACACUCUGGAGACAGCGUGAGGAGUAUUGUGCGCGACUCAUACAGAACGCUUGGCGCAAGCACAAACUGCAUCGGCAGGAGGGCGGGGAAGAUGACGACGAUGAUGAUGAUGAAGAUGAACUGGAAGAUGACGAGGAGGGUGGUGGAGGAGUGGUAGGGGGGGUGCAGUCGCCCGGGGGGGAAGAGGACGGGGGUCGCCAGACGGCAGUGCUGGCUGAUACCAAGAACGGCCACAAGGUUGUAAUUCACUCACGAUCGCCUUCGACCACAUCCAGGCUGGCCGAUGUUUGAGCAAGGUCACGUCCCCCACUCGAGAAUUCACCUAGCACCUGAGACGUUGUUGUAUAAUUUGAUGAUUGAAUUAAAUUAUCAAAACGUUGCAGGAAGUUGAAAUAAAACAAACCGAGAGAGUGGGCGUGACGUGAUGUGCUUAGUUAUAUUGCAAAAUUAUUGCUUGCAAAACAAAAACGAACUCAAACGAACAUUAUUCAAAUAAUGUAAUAAAUUUAUUCACACUAACAAAAUGGACGAGAGAGAGACAGAAACAUUGUAUUUCGCUUCAAAUGAUUAUAAAAUGAUACACUUCUACUUUAAACUAUUAUGCAACGUUGCCAGCAAACUUGAAUAAUUACAAAAUCUUCGGUGAUACGUCAUACAUGAUACGUGCUACGAGAUAAAUUAUACGUGAUAUGUGACAGAAGUGAUUCUUGAUGUGGAAAAUUGAAGGCGUUCAAUUCAGCAGAUGAUUGAUUACAAAAUGUUGUUGAUCCGCUUUGUAAAACAAAUAUGACAAGAAUAAUUAUUGGUUUCCAGCAACUGAUAAGAAAAGAGUGUUCUCGAAAAAUGUAGCCUGUGGUAGAUCACUAAAUGACAUUUGAUCCAACAAACUUGACGGUUCUCUUCAAAUAUUUGUUUCUUAUCAAGUGAUUUUGAAAUUUGUGUACAGCUACAAUAUGUUUUUUAAUUACUAAUGAUUCCCCACGGAGAGCGCUGAUGAAUCCAAUAAAUAUUGUCCAUAUUUUCAGAAUUGAAAUACAUAUUUUAGAAAUUUAUAUAUUCCAGAAGUACUCAGGUUAUUUUGAGUGAUCUCAUGAGGUUCUACUUGGAAAUAUUAUUAAAAAAGAGAUUGCAUCGAUGUCUGAAAGUUGUAAUCGAAUUCUCAAGAUAAAAAUACGUUCAGUCACUUGCUAGUGACUGUACAAUCACUUGCACCUGGUUGCACGGAAGUCUGAUAACCGGUUAAAUGCCACGAGAACCGAUCAGAGAAAGCUCCCCGUAAAGAAGUAUUCUCUGAGUAGUUGGCUUGACAUUCAAUCACAAUUGUAAUUCAAAACACUUUUGUGCAAUCGAGCCUCAAUGUCUCGUAGAUCCAGAUCCCCAAUCUAUCAAAACACACUUGAUUUGGAUAUUUUGUUAUUAUUAGAUGUGUUUUGAAUUUCAUUUUUGCAGUUUCGGAAUAUUUUUUGAGCAUGUAGUGACUAGACUUUUUCUUAUCAUUAACUUAUGAUUCACAAGUUUUUAUGAUGGAAACUUCCUAUCUAACACUCUUGAUCUCACCUCUACAAUUACAAUCUCACAUUUUACUUCAACAAUUUUUCAGCAUAUCUGAGUCGAAUAUCUCAAUAAGCACGAGAAUUUCGAACAUUCAACUAGUUGAGUAACUAGUUAAACUACUUGAGCUAGAAUUAACCGGUCUUAUUUUGAACUAGUUGAAUUCAUCAGCCAUUUAACUUGUUGUGACAUAAUGCUACGAGUAUUUGAAGGGUUCUGACUGCUUCUCUGGAACAUUAUAUCAGUGGAUUAAGAGAAAAUUAUCAUUUCUCUUACUUCUUUUUGCUUGUAAAUUACGGAGGUAUGAUAAUAAUGAGGCCACCUUUUCGGGAACACUCUGAACGUAUAUUCUACUCUCAAGAUUGUAUUUGCAAAAUACUUACUAUAAGUGAAUGAUUAGUUCUCUGCAACUUGGAAACAAUUAUGGUUGAAUGAAAAUUGGUACAAUAGGCUACUCGCUUUGCAAAAUGCCAUAUUGACUGGUUUUCAACUAGUGGAAAUUAAUUAUUUAUCGCUUGUGAAUUAUUGAUGAAAUGAAGAAGAUUGUUUUUCCUUGAACUGUAAUGUGAUAGUAGUCGUUAACAAAGAAAUAUGUUUUCUUAUAUGAAUGAAUGCUGUUACAGCUUAAGUCCUAUUAAAAUAAGUUGACUGUAUCUUAGGAAUCUUAACAUUUCCUCGGAAACCAGCACAAUUUUUCAAAAAAUCUGAAACCCCGGGGUAUGUAAUUUUACUCAUUUGUAUGUAAUUAACUUCAUAAGAAAUGGGUUUGACAGUUUCAUGAGUUUGCACAUUUUCUAUAAGAAUUGGAAAACUCAAAGAUGAAAUUAUAAUCAUUUAUAAGUGGUUCAACUUCAUAUCUUAUGAGAUUGAAAGUCCCAAACUAACCUGUUAACUGUAAACUGUCAACUUUCAACUAUUAACCUUUUAACUGCUAACCUGUUAAUUGUUUAACCACACGUGUCAACUGAUUUCUACCAAAAUAUAGUUGGGUUAACCGAAUGUUAUCCAUUUGGAAACGGACAAAACCACAACUGAAAUAUUGUAUAGGCUUUAUCCAUAGAUAUUUUAUAUAGAAUGUUGAUUAUGAUCUAUGUUUAAAGGGGACAGACUUGCGACUUCAUAGUUGGAGAGGAGGAAAAUUGAUGCAUAUCUAAAAUGAAGAUUUAUAUGCAAUCAAUAAUUAUUCAUUAAGGGCCGGUUUCCGAGCUCGGGAUUUUGCUAAGUUCUAGACUUUAAUCGGCUUUAAAUUCUGGAGUCAGAAAAUUGGCUUUCAGAGUCAGAGCGUUAACCU